AAAUGAAAACUUGUCACGCAAAACGUAAGCCGAAGCGAAGCUACUCGAUAUUUAACAAUAAUAUUCACAAGACUCCUAAUUUUAGGACUAUUCAAUAAGAUUAAACAAGUCUAAACCAUGGCGGACGUUCUCGAUAUAGAGAAUUCCGAGGAAUUCGAAGUUGAUGAAGACGGUGAACAGGGAAUCGCCAGAUUGAAAGAGAAGGCGAGGAAACGUAAAGGGCGUGGAUUUGGCAACGAAGGGGGCUCCGGUGGCGCUGCAGAGCGUGGCAACCGGGGAAGGUACGACAGCCUCGCGCCAGAGGGUGAUGGGAACACACCGGGCCCACAGCGCUCAGUUGAAGGCUGGAUCCUGUUUGUCAGCAAUGUCCAUGAGGAGGCACAGGAGGAAGACAUUCAGAAUCAAUUCUCAGAGUUCGGAGAGAUCAAGAAUAUCCACUUGAAUUUGGACCGGCGUACCGGGUUCCUCAAGGGCUACGCUCUGGUCGAGUACGAGACAUACAAGCAGGCUGCGAGCGCUCGCGAAGCCCUGGACGGGGCUGACAUCCUCGGGCAGGCCAUCUCGGUUGACUGGUGCUUCGUCAAGGGCCCCACCAAAGUGCACAAGAAGAGGCGAUAGUGUCACAAACAACUAAUACUCUAAGGCUGUAUGUGGUAUCUUAGGAUAAACUAGGAUAAACAACUCAGAGAGAAUUUCAAUUUUAUCACAGUUUGAAAAAAAAAAAUCAAGACUUAUUUUUUUAUCAUGCAGAAACACUGGGAGUUUACAUAUUUUUAAAUAAAGGAAAAAUUCAUAUCUCCAGCAGGAUUCUGAAAGUACUCUGACCAACUUACAAAUGCAGAAGGAUGCAGGUUCGAGUCCUGCAGGAGAUAUGAUCUUUUUCCAUUAAUUUAAAAGUAGACCCUUUGAAAUAAAUAAAUGUGAAACAGGAGAACAAUGUCACUUUUUUGCCAGACUGUAAAGUAAGUUACAGCGGGGCAAAUCUGGACGGGGGCAAAUAUACCAAGUCCAUUUUUUCCAUGUUUUACAAUGUUUGCAUUAUUAAAUAGUGUCCACCGGUUAUAUAUGGUAGGCGUGUUCAGUGGAUACUUGUAGAAGUCAACAUCAUAGUGUAAUAAUGGAUUAGUUACAAUUGCCCCCCCCCCAGUCGAGAUUUGCCCCGUUGUACCUUAAAGGGUUGUUUAUGCUGCAGAACAUGAUAGAGAUGCCACUUAUUCCUUAGAGGGCUUGGCCACUUCUUCCUAACUAGCAAAAUGUUGUAUGUAUAACUUUAAUCAUUUGCGACUAAUAUAUAAUCUGUUACUUCUAAUAAUUGGCACAUGGAUUUUUCUAUCAUACAAUUUAAUUAGGCCGGGAAAACGCUAGGUUGAAGAUUAAAAUUUAAUUUAUCUAAAUACAUAAGUACAAAUUGUGGAUCAUAAGUUAAUGUAUAUGACAUUGUGCUAGUUGGCGCGCUAUGCGAUGCACUUUGCAUUGUGUUGUAUGUUAUAUUAUGUAUAUGUUUAUCUGUAAGCUUGGUUUGUCGUGUUCAAAGUGCUUGGCGUAACGAUUCCCUUAGACUUUAACAUAAAUAUAAGAGAUAUUUCUAA